AUGUACCUCGGUAGCCGACCCCUCCGACGCGCCGUUCGAGUGCGCCUCGCCGAGGAUAUGCAUGUCGACGGACCGUGCUCAUUCGUUUCCACAAAUGUUCGCGCGGAACGCCACCUUCUUGCUCCUCGCUGCCUGCACGCGACGGCGGGCGGUCGUGGUCGACGGCCGCCACCAGCGCCGGAAGGCCCGGCCAUUCGCCCAAACCCGCGCGAUUCGAGCCCUUUCCUAUUCGCCCACCACUCGGGCGGCCCUCGGCCGCUCCUGCUCGCCUGUGUACCGCCGCGAACGCGCCCCCGGCGACCGCUGCUCCUUCGAGGAAGGAAAAACAAUCCGAACGCAGCUUGCCAGAAAUCGAAGCCAGCGCGCGGAGGCAAAAAGACUGCUCUCAGCCGCGGUCAAGAACUCACCACGCAACGAUCGAUACCACCUCGCCUUGGGAAUCCUCCACCACCUGUCACCAGAAGGCGCCGAGUCUCAAGCACUGUCCUUGAAGCACCUCAAAAAAUCCAUCAAGCUCAACCCCACGUCCUCGGAAGCCUUCUACUACUUGGGCCACGCUCGAGCCCUCGAUAUAGACCCCACGAAUUCAGACGCGAGCAACAACCUCGGCUGGAUAUACUGGAAACUCUUGGACGCAGAGGACGCCUCCUCUCCGCAAUCUCGACCCAACGCGCCGCCGGGCCAAAACUCGAAGAAGAAGUCGAAGAAACUGUCAAAUCGCGCCCUGUCUGUCAAAUAUUUUCGCCAAGCCAUCGAGCACGACCCAAACCACGCCAUCGCCCACAACAACCUGGGGAACGUCUUGCUGGAAAUCAGGGAAAAGCCAGAGCACCUCAACGAGGCUCUCGGCCACUUGGUCAAAGCGGUCGACUUGGAACCCAACAACGCCCAAAUGCACUACAACUUGGCCGGCGCCUGGAAAGAAAAGGGCGAAAUUCACGCCUCUCUCGCGCACUACAGGACCGCGCUCGACAUCGGCCCCCAAACCGACCGCAUGUGGAACAACCUCGCUCUGACGUACAUCGAAGCCGGACAACUCGAGCUGGCGAUAGACGCAUUUUCCGCCGCCAUCAAAAUCGCCCCGGACAACGCAGAGCUGUACGCCAACAAGGCUCUGGCAUAUCGUCGCAGCCAAAGACCAGAUCGCGCGCUAGAGUGCUACGAGCAGGCCACUUCUGCAAUCCCGAACCACGAAGAACUCUUGGUCGGCCUUUCAAACUUGCAGCUCGAACUGGAACAAUACGAGCAGGCUCGGCGAACCCUGACCGCGCUCCACGCCGUAAACCCCAACAACCCAUCCCUGUACAAGUAUCUAGGCAUCCUGUGCAUCCAGGAAGAGAAAUGGACCCAGGCGACCUCUUACUUCGAAAAAGCCCUCUCUCUCGACCCCAAAAACCCGGAAAUUCUGACCUAUCUCGGCUCCUCUCUCAGGCAAGAGAGACAAUUCGAACGGGCGGAAAGGAUGCUCAAGCAAGCGUCCAACCUCGACGCCGACGCCUCUCAACCGCUGGAAAACCUGGGCGCGCUCUACCUAGAGCAGCAGCGAUGGAACGACGCCAUCAAGGCGCUCGAAAAAGUUCUCGAAAGAAAGCCAGACUGCGGCGAAACGCACAUGAAUUUGGCCUACCUCUUGCAGCAAGACGGGAGGAUCCAGCAAGCCCUGACGCACUUCCAAACGUCGGUCACGCUCAGACCGGACGACUGGUUGUGCCACUACAACUACGCCGUCGCCCUGUCCGACGCCAAAAACGAGCCCCUUUCCAAGCUGCAUAUGGAGAGAGCCGCCAGUCUGAACCAGGAGUUUUUUCGUAA